AUGAAUAACGGAUCUGAUAACGUUCACCAAGGUGCGUCUUCCAGCCAGACUCGCAGAAGGCUGGACCUAGGGGAGGAGGAGGAACUAAUCCAAAUCCCAAACUGCGAUAUGGGGAGAGCGGCGGAAAAGUUCAAAAAUACCCUAAUCGGUAGAAUGUUUCACAAGGAAGGCAGAAGCAUGGAUGCGAUAAUCGGCAUGCUCCCAAAACCGAAGAUCUGGGAUGUUGAGGGAAGAGUCCACGGUAUCAAUCUAAGGAACGGACAAUUCCAGUUUAACUUUGAUAAUGAAGAGGACAUGGCAAAGGUGCUUAGGAAACGACCCUAG